AUGGCUCCUCCGGGACGACGACGACGUUCCUCAGGGCGAUUCUUAUCAUUAUACUUUCUCUUCUCCCUCCUUGCGUUCCUCCUUCUCGCAGCUCUUCCCGUCCAAGUUUCCGCGGCUGGCUCCGCAAUCAUAGGAAUCGAUCUUGGGACAGAAUACAUAAAGGCAGCUCUAGUAAAGCCAGGGGUACCCCUCGAAAUCGUGUUGACUAAGGAUUCCAAGAGAAAGGAAGCUGCCGCUGUGGCAUUCAAGCCGGCUCGUGAACAGAAUGCCGUUUUUCCUGAGCGAUUUUAUGGUGGUGAUGCGCUCUCGCUUGCCUCUCGAUUCCCCGACGAUGUUUUCCCUAAUCUGAAAGUUCUCCUGGGUAUUCCGUUUAACGCUGGAAUUCAGAGCUCCGAUGGAAAAAAUGAAAAUGCAGUUGAGAUAUACAGGAGCCGGUAUCCCGCCAUUGAUAUUGGAGAGAUUCCACACCGGGGUACUGUUGGGAUUAAAAGCAAUAAGCUGGGAGAAGAUCGAGGUCAGGAACGUUUUAUGGUGGAGGAGUUAUUGGCAAUGCAGUUGAAACAGGUUAAAGCUAACGCGGAGGCGAUGGGUGACCGGAGGUCUCAAAUCGAGGAUGCUGUCAUCACCUUCCCGCCAUUCUAUACUGCAGAGGAGAAACGGAGUGUUGAAUUAUCAGCGGAGUUGGCCGGGCUCAAUGUUAUCGCAAUGAUCAGUGAUGGCUUGGCUGUUGGCGUCAACUAUGCUACGAGUCGAACUUUCCCCAGUGUAUCGGAAGGAAACAAGCCAGAGUAUCAUGCUGUGUACGACAUGGGUGCUGGUUGUACCUCUGCGACUGUUCUCCGGUUCCAGAGCCGGUCCGUCAAAGACGUUGGCCGAUUUAACAAAACCGUUCAAGAAGUUCAAGUUAUAGGCAGUGGCUGGGAUAAGACCUUGGGGGGGGAUGCGCUUAAUCAACUGAUUGUUGACGACAUGAUCGAGAAAUUCCUUGCUACUGAAAAGCUGAAGGAUGACUCCACACGGGAAAAACUUAGAGCCCAUGGACGGACAAUGGCAAAGCUUUGGAAAGAGGCGGAAAGAGUUAGACACGUUUUGAGCGCCAACUCGGAAACUACAGCGUCAUUUGAAGGUCUAUAUCACGAUGAUGUGAAUUUCAAGUAUCAAAUUACAAGAUCUGAGUUCGAGAAACUUUCAAAAACUCAUGCUGCUCGUGUCUCAGCACCAUUGAUUGAGGCUUUGGCAUCGGCGAAACUCUCAUUGAAAGAUUUGGAUUCUGUCAUUCUUCAUGGAGGAGCUAUUAGGACGCCAUUUGUGCAGAAAGAGCUUGAGUCAACCUGCAAAGGAUUCACCAAUCUAAGAAGCAAUGUGAAUGCUGAUGAAGCGGCCGUUUUUGGCGCAACAUUUAAAGGCGCAGCUCUCAGCCGAUCCUUCCGUGUCAAAGAUAUCAGAGCAGGAGAUAGUUCUGGGUUCGCUGUCGGAAUGAAAUGGAAAUCCGGAGACAAGGAGAUGCGUCAAAAUCUUUUCACACCUUACUCAACAAUUGGGACUGAAAAACAGGUGACAAUGAACAACUUGGAGGACUUUGAUUUCAGUUUAUAUCAGCAGCUUACGCAGAAUGGCAAAUUGGUGGACGCACCUCUAGUAGGCAUCGAAACGACGAACUUGACUCAAUCAGUGGCCACCCUGAAAAAUACAUUCGGCUGUGCUCCCGCAAAUAUCACUACCAAACUUUCCAUCCAACUUAGGCCCCUCGACGGUAUUCCUGAACUUGUGUCUGCAAUUGUCAGCUGCCAGCGCAUAAGCGAGGAGAAAAAGGGUGUGGUUGAAGAUGUAAAAGAAUUCUUUGGCUUGGGCUCUAAGAAGAAUGACCAACAACCACUUCAAGAUGACCCGGCCAAAGAGUCCGUCACUCCGGGCUCUAAAUCCUCAGCGGCUGCUUCUGCAUCUACUACUACGGCUUCUUCCUCUGCCGGUAAAUCUGCAUCUGCAAGUUCAGCUGUGGAGCCAGAAAUAGAAACCUCCAAAGGUAGUAAAGGAAAAACUGAGACCAUACCAAUCGCCUUCAACACCUUUGUCCUGGGCAUAAAGCCACCUUCAGAAACCGACCUGGCGCGCAUAAAGGGUCGUCUUACCUCAUUCGACGUCUCCGACUAUGCCCGUUUUAAGCGUGAAGAAGUUUUCAAUAACCUUGAAGCAUUCAUUUACCAAACACAGGAACUCGUCGACGAUGAGGCCUUCCUAAGAGUGAUACCCGCAGAUGACCUCGCCAAGCUGAAGGAAACUCUCGCAGAAGCAAGCGAGUGGUUAUAUGGAGACGGAACAGAUGCAACCCUGAAGGACAUCAAAACAAGACUAGACAGGUUGAAGCAAUAUGUUGACCCCGCCCUGAAACGGAAAAAUGAAUACUCCCUUCUUCCCUCCAAAAUAGAAGCGCUACAGAAAGUCCUUAGAAACGCGAAGACUUUUGUAGAUGCUAUCCAAAAAGAAGUAGAUGCGCAGGAGAGUAUUCGCUCUUCCUCAGAAUCAGCUUCACCAGCAGCCUCUACACCAUCCAAUGAACCGCCUGCCCCGUCCUCGUCGGAUGAUUUCGUCUCUCUUGAAGACGAAUCCACCUCCACAACAACAACUAACACGCCAUCUCCCAAAGCCACCCAGUCAUCCCUUUUCGCGGGGAUCGACGUCUCGUCACUUGCAAACACCCAGGCCAGUAUAAUGUCAUGGCUCGAGAAGCAACUCCCACUUCAAGAGCAGCUGAGCCAGUACGAAGACCCAAUCCUAACUACGGCGUCAAUAGAGGCAAAACUUCGAGAGUUGGAACUGGAAUUGAAUAAAGUUAUGACAAAGAUGACUGGUUCUGGUGGUGAGAGCCGUAAAAAUAACAGCGGGCGCUCUGGUGGUGAUGGGAAAUCGAAGCAGAAGACUGGGAAGGAGAAGAACAAAGACAAACAACAGGAGACACCGAAGGAGUCGCAGAAGGAGAAGGAGAAGGAGAAGAAGAAAGGCCGAGAUGAGUUGUAACAAUAGUCAUCAUGGUCAGUGUCAAUUUUUCUUUUUUAUUUUUUUCUGGCACCUCCUGAUUUUGCCGUGUCCUGUUAAAUGUUUGUCAAUAUCAUUAUAAGUCUCACCUUCGAUGUAUUAUGGCUUCCUCCUGUGUUUCAUUAAUCCUUUAAAUAAAAUCAAACAUAUACCUGUGUUACUAUAUUUUUUACAUCAUAUGUUCCCAAACUGCAAACAAUGCAGAAAACAAAACGCUACUCAGCACAUGAUACAAGGGGCCGCAUUGAAUGUACUAUACUUUGCAAUAUCAUCGCAGAAGGCAGUUUUCAUUC